AUGCUAUCUCCGUUACCAUCGAACGGCCACGAUGAUAACACUCCAGUGAAUCCGAAGAGUUAUUAUAUUAAUUACGUAGAUGAUCCAUCAGAUGAAUCUGAGCGCAAAUCAUUUGACUUGAUUAAUAGUUCCAAGCCUGAAUUUGUUUUCGAAGGAAGUUCAUGUCAACUAGUAGUAAAAGAAUUGCCGAAAGAGACAUUUACGGAUGAAAAUAUUCAGUGCGAAUUUGAAUGUAUUUUCCAUGAAUUUGAUCCUGAAGUAAUCAUCUCUUAUUCGACUGACUUUCAACGAGCGUAUUUGAUGUUCUCCGAUCCAAUGAUUGCAUCUCAAGUUUGCACACAUAUGAACGGGAAAGAAUUUUAUCAUAGGAAACUUUCCAUUUCAUUCAAAUAUUCUCCGUCAUCAUCGAUUGAAUAUCUCAAACCACCUGAGCAAGAACAGAUCUAUAUGCAAUCGCCUCCGACAACACCACCCAUCGGUUGGGUUACAAAACGAGAAGAAUUGCCAGAAAUCAACUUCGAUCUGUUUCUUGCCUUAUCAAAAUUGCAAUCGAAUGAACCAUUAGAAAUUUUGCCCCAACAAAAUCAUCUGCCAGCCAUUGUUAUUCAUCCGUGUUCAGAUACAUCAGAUGAAGAUGAAGAUGACGGGAACAAUUCGAUGAUUGAUGAGUUCGGACAGCAGAAAUAUAUAAAUAUGGACGCGAAACGGCGCGCGCAUAUUUUACACAAUGCCAUUCUUGUACCUGGUGAAAAACACAUUAGACAAAGUAUUGGCGAUGGUGACAAUCGUAUACCUUAA